AUGGUUAAUGAUAUCAUUUCUCCUUUCGAAAUUGUCCGUGAUUUCUCGCAGAAGACUCUCCAGCGAAUCGCUAAAGAAGCCGGAAAAGACACUUCUGAAAUCAUUCUUAAAAUCGUCGGCAAAUAUAAAACUAUUCUUGAAAUUCCACCUUUCCAGUUUCCGUCAAAAGGAAAACUUGGAAACAUGAACUUCAAGGCAAUUCCAAUCCAGAUUGGCAUUUUGAACGGUUCUGCCUUUUGCCUCGGCCUGGACCCUCCUGUAUUUGCUUACAGUCCUGAGCCUACUGCUGAAUGCCAUACCUUCCUUGUCGAAACGUUUAAGAUCAUGUCCGCCGAUGAAAAAUAUAUAAACCGGCACUGUUACAAAAAGUGA